AUGGAGAUGACGAGCAGCGUCAUGCGCUUUGCCUUAGCCACGUACUUUAUGAAGCAAAGCGGUCGGUCCUGUCCGUCUGAAGUCUACGACACGUCGUCAUGGGCGCUUUCCUCCUCCCCCUCUUCUACUUUCGGUACUCCGCCCACUCCUGCACUUUGUCCUGAAGACGAGACCGAGCUAAGUCCGGAAUUCUCAGACGUCGUGUCGACGCACCUGUCGACCUUAAGGAAGCUGCUCGUAGAGCAACGACUCCAGGAGUGGUCAGAAGGCAUCAUGGGGCUUCGAGAGUAUGUAGCCACCAAUGGACUAGUAGAGGCACUUGUGACAUUGCUGGUGCGAUUACUUGAGAAACAAGAGCAAGACGCAGUGUCUAUUGUACAAGUGAUCGAGCACAUUUGCUUUGAGAAAAACGGAGAGCCAUCUGAGGUGUUCGACCAGUUGAUGGAUUUGAUUUUUGAAGCACUACGUCAUAGUUGUGAGAACAAGAACAGGUCUGUGGCAUUCUGGCUCCUGCGAGCAAUCAAUGGCGUUGUUGAUGGCCUACAUCAACAUCAAGGACAGAAAUACAGAGUGUCGCCACAACAUCAGCUCCGGCUGGACAGCCAAGAGUUGGGAGAAAUGAUCACAAAGGUGAUCCACGACUGUCUAGCCAAGUCGGCAAACAUCGCUGCUAAAACGUAA